UCCGGAAUUUCAAGCAGGCAGUUGAAUAGACGGCAGCGUUUUGGGGUCCUUCGCAGUGGAGGUGACUUUCAGUAGCGGCGACCCGGAGGAACGGAGACUGAAACAUUAUGGCACAAGCGGUGCAGAAAUUGGUUGCUAAAGUGCCGCAAGUCAUAGGCGCUACAGUGACCUACACCAGACCACGGCUUUCCACGUUUUGGCGCUAUGCUCGUGUUGAGCUGGUGCCUCCUUCUCCAGCAGAGGUUCCCCAGGCCAUUGAAAGUGUCAAGGGGCUAAUUAAGAGCUUCCAGGCGGGCCGUCUUGGUCAGACUACAGUUAGGGAUGCUAUGAGGAACGGGCUGGUGGCAACUGAAGUUCUGAUGUGGUUCUACGUUGGAGAAAUCAUUGGGAAAGGAGGCAUCAUUGGAUACAACGUGUAAACUGUGGACUGUCCUGUGCCGGUUUUUGUCUUUGUACUCGCUUUCGCCCAACAGCUACACAGUAUUUGGGGAUCCACUAAAUAAAUUAUGAUUAAACAA